AUGAGUCAAAUCGACGUGCAGCUCAAGGAUGUCGCCAUCCUGGGCGCCAUCCCCAACGACGCCCGCAAGAUCCUCACCAAGGAAGCGUGCGCCUUCCUGGCCAUCCUCCACCGCACCUUCAACCCAACCCGUAAAGCUCUUCUCCAGCGCCGUAUCGAUCGCCAGGCCGAGCUUGACAAGGGUCACCUCCUCGACUUCCUCCCAGAGACCAAGCACAUCCGUGAGAAUGACGCCUGGAAGGGUGCUCCUCCCGCGCCCGGUCUCGUCGACCGUCGUGUUGAAAUUACCGGCCCCACGGACCGGAAGAUGGUGGUGAAUGCGCUGAACGCCGAUGUGUGGACCUACAUGGCGGAUUUUGAGGACUCGAGCGCCCCGACCUGGGAGAACAUGAUUAACGGUCAGGUCAACCUGUACGAUGCCAUCCGUCGCCAGAUCGACUUCAAGCAGGGCAGCAAGGAAUACAAGCUGCGCACCGACCGCACCCUCCCGACUUUGAUCGCCCGUGCCCGUGGCUGGCACCUGGACGAGAAGCACUUCACCGUCAACGGAGAGCCGAUCUCCGGUAGUUUGUUCGACUUCGGUCUCUACUUCUUCCACAACGCCAAGGAGCUGGUGGCUCGCGGGUUCGGGCCUUACUUCUAUCUUCCCAAGAUGGAGUCCCACCUGGAGGCCAGACUGUGGAACGACGUCUUCAACCUGGCUCAGGACUACAUCGGCAUGCCCCGCGGAACCAUCCGUGGUACGGUCUUGAUUGAGACCAUCAGCGCGGCCUUCGAGAUGGAUGAGAUCAUCUACGAACUCCGUGAACACAGCUCGGGACUGAACUGCGGUCGCUGGGACUACAUCUUCUCCUUCAUCAAGAAAUUCCGCAAGCACCCCAACUUUGUCCUUCCCGAUCGCUCGGACGUCACCAUGACUGUGCCCUUCAUGGAUGCCUAUGUGAGACUGUUGAUCAAGACCUGCCACCGUCGUGGAGUUCACGCUAUGGGUGGUAUGGCCGCUCAGAUCCCCAUCAAGGACAAUCAGGCUGCCAACGACAAGGCUAUGGAGAGUGUGCGCGCCGACAAGCUGCGUGAGGUUCGUGCUGGUCACGACGGUACCUGGGUGGCGCACCCGGCUCUCGCCGCGAUCGCCUCCGACGUAUUCAACAAGCACAUGCCCACUCCCAACCAGCUCUUCGUGCGCCGUGAGGACGCCCAUGUUACCGCCAACGAUCUCUUGAACACCAACGUGCCUGGCAAGAUCACCGAGGAGGGCAUCCGGAAGAACCUGAACAUCGGUCUUUCGUACAUGGAAGGCUGGCUCCGUGGAGUCGGCUGUAUUCCGAUCAACUACCUGAUGGAGGACGCUGCCACCGCCGAAGUGUCUCGUAGUCAGCUCUGGCAAUGGACCCACCACGGCGUCAUCACAUCCGAGGGCAAGAAGGUCGACAAGGCCUAUGCGCUGCGCUUGUUGAAGGAGCAGGCCGACAGCCUGGCGGAGAAGGGCCCCAAGGGCAACAAGUACCAGUUGGCAGCCCGCUACUUCGCCGGCCAGGUGACGGGCGAGGAUUAUGCGGAUUUCUUGACCAGCUUGUUGUACAACGAGAUUUCCUCAGCGGGCCAGGUGUCCAAGCUGUAA